CAUGGAAGCCCUUUUAGAAUCAGUGAUACUGACUCUGCUGCCACAGAUGUCGCCGCAGCAGCUGCAAGACUACAGAGGGGUUUUGGUGAGCUUUCAUGAUAUUUCCUAUUAUUCGACCUUGCGUAACAGGAAGACUAGACGUGCUCUGGAGUACAUCUGUUGGACACGUACGAAUAGUAUCUGCCACUGUACCUGUCUGUUCCCGAUGUCCAGGAAAUAAAGACGCC